GGACCGUAGACAGCAUGCUGACCCGCGGGCAGCUGGCGGGGCUGUCCCCGCAGCCCGGCGCCUCGCCCGGACUCAUGCGGCGCCGCUACUCAGUGCCGGAGACCAUCAUGAGGAAAUAUCGCUUGGCUCAGCAGAAGUCCGAUACGGAGGAGAGCGGCCGCACGCGGACCCCGUCGCCGGCGUCCGCGUCUCCGCCGCGGGGCUCCUGUAGCUCCCUGUGCGACACGCCCCACCGGUUCAUGCGCCGCGACCGGGAGCUCAUGCGUAAAUCUGCCCUGCUGCGCCGCAUGUGGGGCCGCUCCUGCAACCCUUGUCAGUCGUGUUGCUGCUGCAGCGGAGACCUGUGCGAUUCACAAACUUACUGCGGGCGCGAGACGAGAUCUCUGGACGGCUCGCGUUCUGAGUUGCGGCACUUAUCGAGCAGCUUCACAUCGUCCCGACAGUCGCACGCCGCCGCGGCCGCCGGCUGGGCGACCCCGAAACGAUUGCGACAUGAUUCACCGCGGGAUUUCCGCGGCAGUGACGAAAUGCUCAGAGCCGCGAUGAGGAAUAGUCACGACAGAGCCGAGGAGUCUCGAUUUGAGAUGGCCGUGAAAACGGACCAAUCUAGUUCCACAUGUCAAUCCUACUGCCACGACGUGUCACCUAAUACCAGGAAUAUAGAGACAUUUAGUAACGGUAGUGCUUAUAAAUUUGAAGACAGUAUUGAAAAAAAUUGUUCAACACGAGAUACCGAAACAUUAUUGUCAGAUCCGACUACUGCAGAAAUUGAGUCAAAUAGUCCUAAAGAGAUACAGUUUGAAAACGAAAGCCAGACUGAUACGUCGGAGUCUGUAACGAUAUCAAUGUCCACCGCUAAAGAAAUGAAUGGUCAUAUAGGGCAGAACAUUUGUAAGCAGACAUCGAGUAGUAGCGCUCAAAUUGAAGGACAAUUCAGUGAAAGAUCAUUAAAUAUAGAAAAUGACGAUAAUAAUAUUUUAUGUUAUGAUACUCCAUUGACAGUGGAAACACCAGCGUACGAACUUUUAGAAAUUGUGGUUUCCGAAACAUCAAAUUCUAAUUCAGUGCCUGCUGCUAAACGUUGUUUACCGGAAAGUAUACUUCAGCCAUUUAAAGCGCCUGUACAGACAAACAGAACUUCAGAAAAUAUAAACAUCGAUGAAUACGUGUCUAAUAUUUUAGUUGAAAGUCUCAACUCUCUAACAGAUCAAAUCGAAUGUAUGAAUGCAUCCAUUGGUAGUGACCGUAAAGUAAGCAUCGUAGAAAAAGAAAUAAAAGUCAAAUUGCAAAAUACCGGUGUUAAUACAAUUGUACAUCUCAGCCCGAUGUCCAAUAAUCAGAUCAUAUUUGGAAACGAGGAAUUAUAUAAUAAUGAAGAAAAUAAAGAUAAAUGUAUUAAUCAUCGAGGACUAAGAGAUAGGGUCUCAUUUCGAGAAGAAAUUCAAAGUGUGGAAUCUAACAACAAUCUCACAUCUAGCGAAUCUUUUCACCAAAACAUGGCCGCCGAAGGGGAUUUGUUUUCGGAAUCUAAUUAUAAUAAUUCAUUACAACACGAUAAUGUAAAUAAAGCUGUACUGCAACAAAUACAGAAACUAUUUCUUGAUGACAAUUAUUCUCAAAAAUCUAUACCAGAAAUAUCCCAUAUAGAAAUUUCCAACGUGGACGUCUAUAUUGACAACAAUACAGAUGCGGUAUUGGAAAGCACAAAUGCUACAGACAUACCUAUUACUAAGCAUUUGUUGGACUCUGAAUUAAUAAGUAACGUAGGGGCUGGUAAUUAUUUUCAGGAUUCAAAUGACAAUAUAGUAAUUCCUCGAUUUUCAGCACUUCCUAAUACGGAUUCUAUGGAAGUAAAUACUUCUUCUUCAGACGAUCCAGACAAUAUAGGCUCAGACUGCACAAGUCUCGUAGAUAGUUUAGACGAUCCAAACUCUCCCAGAUCUGUACUUUUACGCAGAUCUUUUAAUAACAAUAGACGAAACGAGUUAGCACGAUCAGCGAUUGAUGUUUUAGAUUUAUUGCCUGAAAACUCGUAUACAAAUCAGGAUAAUUUGAAUCAAGCUAAAGAAAGUGAGUCAUUUUUCAUUAGAAUAAAAGAUAAUGAUUUGGACUGCGAGAAGGAAAAUGUAGUUGUAGCCGACCAUAUGCCAGAAAAAAUAAAACAGCGACUUUAUCGACGCCACAGAAAAAGGGAAAUGCGUUUGGAAUGUGCGCGACGAUGCAAGGUAAAACAGUUAAAAAAAGAUUUAGAGAAACAAAGACAAACAGAUUUUUGUAGAUCCAAAAGAGCCGUAGAAAAAGACUGUUUGGCAAUAAUUAACGCUCUUAUUGAUGAUGUUAUAUCAAAGAUAGCUCAAGAUGAGCAUAAGUACAUGCGUAUAAAGCAAAAGUGCAAUAAAAUAACAACUUCAAAAUCUGAUGAGAAUGUUUCUAAAAGAAACUGGAAAAAGGAUCUGGAGUACUACAAUAAUAAAAAUUCCAGUAAAGCUGCAAAGAACAGAUUACAGCAUGCUGAUAAUAUGCAUGAUAAUAAAACGGAAAAACAAAUUCAUGGUAAAUUAUCAUUGCUAACACAUCCUCCUAUUGCUUCGGAUGACCGUGGCCCAAGAAGAUUUUAUCAAAAGUCUGAAAUACAGGAUGGUAAUAAAUGUAUAGAAAUUUUAGAAAUAUUAGAGUACGUAAACGACUCCAAUAGUUCUCCAGAUAAUACUAAUUCUGAUGAUAGUCAAGGUAAUGUUAGUAAGAAUAAAAAGUCCCGAAUACCCAUCCCAAUAUACGAACGAAUUCAGAAGACACCAAAUAAUUGUAAUAAAAAUUACAAAAGCAAUAUCUGUACAAAAAUUACAGCACAGGAGAAUAAUUCCAAAUCUAAUCACCUUAUUACUAACAUGUUACUGGAAGUGCUCGCUGAUAGUGAAAAUGGAAGCAAUGACGUAAUACAUAAUAAUGAAAGGUUAUUUUCGACUGAAAAUUCAGCCCGAAGAUCAUCAGUACCUCAUUACGAGCCACGAUCGCGGUCGAAUUCUUUAAAGUUUAAACGAGUCUUCGAUAUUAUACCCGAAGAGAGGAGCAGCUUAAGUAUAGACUCCUCUAACGAAGAUAUACAUUACAGUCGCAGAGCAUCUGCGCCAAAUCUAGCAGAUGAAUUACGACCAUCUUACAACAAAAAUAAUAAUCGAGGGACUUGCAAUACGGAAACAGCUAGGCUUAUAGACACAAUAAAAUAUAAAGACUCUCAAAAAUGUAUAAAAACAUCUAAAGAGAACAAAUAUGCUGGAACUUCUCCGUUCAUAAAUAGCACAGAAGAAAGAAACCUGAAGAAAAAAUCUCAAACCACUAUGACUUCACCUAGCCAAAGAUCAGCUGCCACUAGUCCUUUAAAAAUAUCCACGCAUUCAGAAGCUACAUCCACCGUGACUAGUAGUACGGCCAGUGGCCCAACGACAGAUGCAACAGUCGGUACCAAAUAUAACUCACAGAGCAGCACCGAUGGCAGGGCCGGAGGUACUACAGACACGAUCGAUGAAGCAAGUGCUAUUGCAGCUAGCGGCAAACGCGGUCUCACAUCUCGGAGUCGAGCGUGGCUCGGCUUCACGCAACCCGAGGGCAAGCUACCAGAGGAAGGUUUGAAAGAGAAGAACGUUGUAACGGAUAAAACUAAAGACUGCAGGUCGGUAACGACCCAAUAUGACCGCGAAUUUGACACACACCGUACGGUUCGAACGAUCCAAACCGGAAUAUUCGAUCCCAUAAUCGUAGGAGGAGAUAAAUAUAAAUCGAAACCUCUUCAAAACGAUACUGACACAAAAAGAUCAAAGACCAAAGUCAAUAAAAACCCGUCGAGAGCAAAAUCAGAGUCUCGUGAACGUACCGGGACCGAACCGAUCGACGACAAUCUGAAUCGAACCACCGACCAGAUCCAAAAAGGCAACGUUACAUUUCGGAAAACAGAUAAGCGAAAAAUUCGAACUAUAUCGAUGGAGCGAAGCGAGGAGGAGACGGUGAGGACGAAGUCGGUAAAGUUGCCGGAAUUCAAGCCAAGCGGCACGGCGAGCUCCAGCGACAGCAGCGAGUCGGGCGGUAGCUUGCUGUGCUCGCUGGCGCCCAAGUGGCUGUCGACGCACGCGCGGCACAAGCGCAGCGCGCGGCGCCGGGACUCCGCCGCAGACACCGCCACCCCCGCCGACUCGCCGCCGCCCGCCGUGGCGCCAGGCGUGGACGCCACAGGUGGGUGGUCUGUGACGGUGGCGGGGUCGUGCCGCGCCGCACUGCCCGCCGACGUCCAGAUGCGGCUUCGGUUCCCGGCGGAGCGCGACCCGCCCCCCACCCCGCCCCCGCCCGCGCACCGCCAGCCCCCGCCGCCCCGACACCCGCUGCGGACGCACCGACCGGGCGCCGCCGCAGGCUGCAACCUCCACUCCCAACAGUGUGAAGAGUGGCGGUGUCAGACGCCCCAGUCGGUCGCGUGCGCGUGCACGUGCUGCCAGCACCAGCACCAGCACCAGCACCAACACGAGCACGAUCACGCGCGCGCCGAACGCCGCCCGCCGCCGCUGCCGCCGGCCCAGCCCCCGCACCCGCACCUCACACACGCCGACAGCGGCCGGCUCACUGUCACCAUGAAGAAGGAGGCUUUAGGUUCUUCGAUUCUUGCGACAAAGAGUGAGAAGAAAUCUAAUGAUCCUCUGCCUGACCUGGAGACGUAUCGCGCAUCGCGCAGCAAAAUGAAGAGUUCAGUGAAGACUCGUCGGGGGUACUCCCUGCACUGCUGGCUGCCCGACGACGCUCCAAACUUACUCAAAACGAGUAACGGGCUGUCGGUGCUGGGCAGCGCCAUCAUACCGGAGAUGAAGCCGCGCGUGCCCACCAUGAGCGAGCGUGACCUCACGCGCGUCUACACGCCGCGCCACUACCUGCGCUCGUGAGCGGCGCACCACGCCACCACC